UUAACCUAAAAUCAUCUGGUGUUGAAAAACAUUUAAAGUCGGCAACUUAUCUUAUUAUUAUUAUUGUACUAUUACAGGUUUGGAUUAUUUCAAAUUUUCGAUAUGGCUAAACAUCAUCCUGAUUUGAUCUUUUGCAGAAAACAAUCUGGAGUUGCCAUUGGAAGGUUAUGUGAAAAAUGUGAUGGUAAAUGUGUCAUUUGUGACAGCUAUGUUCGCCCCUCAACGUUAGUCAGAAUAUGUGAUGAAUGUAAUUAUGGUUCGUAUCAAGGACGAUGUGUAAUUUGUGGUGGACCAGGAGUAAGUGAUGCUUACUAUUGUAAACAAUGUACGAUUCAAGAGAAAGAUCGAGAUGGUUGUCCAAAGAUAGUUAAUCUAGGAUCAUCUAAAACUGAUCUGUUCUAUGAAAGGAAAAAAUAUGGAUUCAAGAAAAGGUGAACCUGAUGCCGUACACGGAUUUCAAAUAAACACUCAACUAUUUAUUUUAACACGAAAGGACGGAAAGAUUCAAAACACUACAAGAAAAAAUAUGUCGCAUCUAAAAUUUUCUUACGCUCAUCCAAUGUGAUAUUGAUAAUAAAGAAAUUUCAAAUUUUUGUUAAUUUA